AUGACGAUGCGACAAGAAACCAGAGCCAAUAUUUCAAAUUAUCACACGCCUCCGACUCUCAUCAAUAUAUUCGUCUUUAUCAUCUUUGUUGCUGCCUUCUGCAUGCUCAUCCGACGCAUAUCUCGUCUUUCUCGUCCAACACCAUCUCGACCAUCUCAGAACCCCGCUCCUGUAUCGCGGAUGAGACUCGCCCAGAUGUCCUCCCAUAUUUCAAACGGCCAUAGCAAUGGCACCCGGUCCAACGGCCAUUCCGAAGCCACGGCCACAUUGGCAGAUAUUCCCAAAUCCAAUAAUUUCACCUCCAAACUUCCUCCUGAUCCUCAAUUCCCGACGCCGAUCGACUCUCACAAGGCCCCUCGACAGAAGUUGGGUCCCCGCAUGGUGCGAGGGGCACUGUACACUUUUGUCAGGCCCGAGCCGACCGAGGAGCCUGAACUCCUAGCUGUCAGUAAGGCUGCGCUGCGCGAUAUUGGUCUCGCGGAAAGCGAAGCGUCAUCCGAAGAAUUCAAACAAGUCGUCGCAGGCAACAAGUUUUACUGGGAUGAAGAAAAGGGUGGGGUAUAUCCCUGGGCGCAAUGCUACGGUGGCUUCCAGUUCGGUUCGUGGGCCGGUCAACUCGGUGACGGACGGGCAAUCUCGCUGUUUGAGACGACGAAUCCAAAGACCAACGUCCGUUACGAGCUACAACUGAAGGGUGCGGGCAAGACACCCUACUCACGCUUUGCCGACGGGAAGGCCGUUUUGAGAUCGAGUAUCAGAGAGUUUGUUGUGUCCGAGUAUCUCAAUGCUAUCGGCAUACCGACGACCAGGGCUCUGUCGUUGACGUUGUGCCCCAAGUCCGAGGUGGUCAGGGAACGUCUUGAACCUGGAGCAAUUGUCUGCCGUUUUGCUCAGACAUGGCUGAGACUGGGCACAUUUGACCUCCUGAGGUCAAGAGGUGACCGGGAUCUGAUCCGCAAAGUCGCAACCUACAUUGCUGAAGAUGUCUUUGGUGGGUGGGAGAAACUACCGGCAGCUUUGCCAGCCGAUAUCCCAGACGCCCAUCUCGACCCAGCAAGAGGUGUCCCGAAGGAUGAGAUCCAAGGCAAAGAAGGCGCCGAGGAGAAUCGGUUUACUAGACUUUAUCGAGAAGUUGUUCGAAGAAACGCCAAGCUUGUGGGCAUGAUGCAGGCGUAUGGUUUCAUGAACGGAGUGCUCAACACUGACAACACGUCAAUUUACGGUCUGUCGCUCGAUUAUGGGCCGUUUGCGUUUAUGGACAACUUCGAUCCAUCCUACACGCCUAAUCACGAUGACCAUAUGCUGAGGUAUAGUUACCGCGCACAGCCGAGCAUUUUCUGGUGGAACCUCGUUCGUCUCGGUGAAGCCCUCGGUGAAUUGAUUGGUGCUGGGGACAAGGUGGAUGACGAGGUUUUUGCAGAGAAAGGGGUACAUGAAGAUUUUGCACCCAUUCUCAUCAAGCGCGCCGAGACCAUUAUCGACCAGAUCGGGGACGAGUACAAAGCUGUUUUCAUGAGCGAGUAUCGUCGUCUGAUGACGGUACGAUUGGGAUUGAAGACUCAAAAGGAGAGUGACUUUGACAAGCUGUUCUCAGAAUUGCUGGAUACAAUGGAAGCAUUGGAGCUGGACUUUAACCACUUCUUCCGCCGUCUCUCCUCUGUCAAGAUGGACGAUAUCAGCACCAAAGAGAAGCGCGAGAGCACAGCCGAGAGAUUCUUCCACGGCGAAGGUGUCACCGGUCUGAACGAAUCGAACGAGUCUGGCCGUGAAAAGGUCGGGAAGUGGCUCGAUUCGUGGCGGGAGCGGGUGGUUGAGGACUGGGAUAUCACGGACGAGACCACUGCGUCGGCGGCAGACGAGCAGCGGGAGAAGCUGAUGAAGAGCGUCAAUCCCAACUUUGUGCCGAGAGGAUGGUUACUGGACGAUAUUAUUGAUCGAGUACAGAACAAGAAGGAGCGAGAUAUUUUGAAGGGCGUCAUGGAGAUGACCCUCGCGCCGUUUGAGGACGAGUGGGGUUGGAACGAGGAGAUUGAGAAGAAGUACUGUGGUGAUGUGCCCCGAUUUCAGCGGGCGAUCCAGUGCAGUUGCUCGUCAUGA